AUGUCAGCUGCUUGGACCACCCCCGCAAAUGAUUUCCUCCACCGGCAGGUCUACCGCCUCGGCGAAGAACGAGGCCUCACAGCGCAGCCGCCAGGGCCUGAUCGCGAUUUUCUCACUCUGACUUGGGGUCCCAUCGUCUACCGGACCACCUAUGCUCCCGACUCUGACCGUCUCUUCCCGCUGUUCCUGCGGGCGUUGAACGACGAGGUCAGGAAAGGCCUGCCCAUUCUCGACGGCACUCCGGAACAACGGGCCAUGCUUGAGCGGACGUAUGCGUCGAAGGUGUUCACCUCUUCCGUCCUUUACGCAGACGCCGAUCAAGACACCAUCCGAGAAGCCUUCCGGGAUUGGAAGCUUUCCCUGUCCUUGCCGCGGAUGAAUCUGCCCGUGCGAUUGAGGAUGUGCUUGAUGGUGGACGAUGCGUGUCUGGCGGAUUUCACCCGGGUUCUCGACACGUCGGCGUCUGCAGAAGACCAGUCGGACUUUUCGGGCUGUCGCAUCAUCGCCGUCGAGUCACUGUAUCCGCAGGAGCUGAGUGACUUUUCACAAGAAACCGAUUCGUCCUACCCUGGCUGGACAACGGUGACCCUUUCGUCUCUCAUGGAGGUCAUUGCAUCUGAUGAUAUGGGUGACGAUACUUACGUUAACCCAUCACGGCAGCCCAUCUUGGAUUUCUCUGAUUCAGCAGUGGCGGUCGAGAUGGUCUCUAGGUCGUCAUUGCUGCCCUCUGCGAACAUGUAA